CAAAUGACGACGCUCUUUUCCCUUCUUAUCGCCAUUUUAUUUUUCUCUCAAUUUGAAAUAUUUGAAUAAUUAAUAAUUGUGGCAUCUUCUAUUGAAUAAUUCAAUAAAUUUUCUCGAAUAAAUUGUCCCUAUAACGGUAUCACCAUUGCGAACGACAGCAAAAUGAGUAGCUACGGCCGGCCUCCGCCCCGUAUCGACGGAAUGGUAUCCUUGAAGGUGGACAAUCUCACCUACAGGACCACCCCGGACGAUUUGCGAAGGGUUUUCGAACGUUGCGGCGAAGUCGGCGACAUUUACAUCCCUCGCGAUCGUUUCACAAGAGAAAGCAGAGGAUUCGCUUUCGUACGAUUCUACGAUAAACGGGACGCCGAAGACGCGCUAGACGCCAUGGACGGACGCAUGUUGGACGGCAGGGAGUUGCGAGUCCAGAUGGCGCGUUACGGGAGGCCCACUUCGCCCCACAGAAGGUCUCGUGGUGGUAGAAGAAGGUCUAGGUCUCGCGGCAGGAGGGACAGCAGGUCUAGGUCCAGGGGCAGAAGAUCGGCCAGUAGGAGCAGGUCCAGGUCUGGCAGCAAGAGUUCCAGAGGGGGUUCUCGGUCGCCAGUCAGGGAGGCUUCCGGGUCCAGGAGCAAGUCUAGAUCCAGAUCCAGGUCUUAGAUUUUUCCUGCAUAGUGCAUUGGGUGAAGCCUAUUACGCAGUCUGGCUAGCAACUAGCAAGCAGAGCCUGUUUAAUUUGGCCAAGGUAUUUUUAUUGAUUUAGAUUUAAGAAUUUCAUCUCCCAUUUUAUUUUAAACAACUUAUUGUCUUGUUAUCUAGAUACAGGUUUUUUUGCUGCGUGACACUUCUUUUGAAAUUUGUACCUAGAUAUUUAUUUACUUGGGGGCCUAACAGUUUUUGUCUUCUUUUGAUUGUAUAUUUAGUUUAAUGUAUUGAUAACCUAUAUAUAUUAGGUUUUCUUUUGUAUUUUGCCCCUGGUCUAAGUUUGUUUUUUUUUUUCUUUGAAAUUAUUUCAUGUACACCUUCCAGGGGGUAUGUAAUUGAUUUGAUAAGUGCUGUUCUUGACAUUAAAAGUCGGUUUUAACAAAUAAUUUUUGGGGAGUUUAUUAUUAUUUUUAAUUAUUACUUAAAAAAGCACCCAUAUACACCAAUUUAGUUCACAUUUAAGCUCUUUGUCCAUUGCUGCAAAAAAAUCUUAAUUGCAGCAGUGGACAAAGGUCAUUAUUGUCCUUCAAAAAAAAAAAUCACUAACGCCUCUUUUAUGUGGUAGCAGGCGCAGAGAGUAUGCGGUUUAAGCGGUUUUGGUGUGUUGCGGGGGUUGGUGAGAAAGAGAGAGAGGAGCAGAGAAUGGUUGGCGAGAGCAGCAGAAAACACUUGGUCUUUGUAGAGCUGACAGCCAGCCAAUCAAAUCGCACCGUUUGCUGCUGUUCCUGACAAGACUCGAACCGAUCCAGCGAUUCUUUUUAAGUUAUUUUUUUUUGGCCCCAAAGCAACUUGGUUGAGGUUUAAAGUAUAAAAUGGUAAGUAAUUGUGCUUUGACCUUAAACAAGUUGCAUUAAAUUUAAAAUUAAACGAGCGGUUUUAUUGAAUUUAUGCAGUUAUAAAAGAUUUUUGUUACAGUGCCCCUAAGGUAGGUAUAGUCAUAAUUAUAUUUAUAAUGAUGGUUUGAGGGUCUUGUAUAAACCUUAGUGUUUUAUACAAGGCCUCCAAAUGAUUUUGAAUAAUCUCCCAUAAAUUUAAAUAAAGUAGUUUUAGCCUAAUAAAUAUUAUAAU